AUGGAAGAACCAUUAGAACAAGAACAUUCAAUAACAAAUGAUGAUUUAAAACCAUCAUCAUCAACAGCAACAACUACAACGACAAAAUCAUCUCGUUCAACAAAACAAACAACAACAACAACAACAAAUGGUACAACACGUCGUCAUAAACGACGACGUCAAACAAAUAGUAUCCGUUCAUCAAGUGAUCAUUCAACAUCAUCAAGUCGUUCAUCAUCAUCAUCAAGUCAUUCAUCACAUAUAUCAAUUAAGAAUUCGAAUAUAAAUGAACAAGAAAUUCAAAAAACUCGUAGUUACUUAGCACAAGAACAAUUACAAACAAUAAUUAAUAAAACCAAAACAGGAAAAUAUGAUGUUUUGGAUAGUUUUGCAUUUCUAUCAUUUGAAACUGAUGAUGAUUGGCGUAUUGCAUUUGAACAUUUUAAUCAACAACAUUUACAACGAACAUAUACAACUAAAAAAUCUUAUUCAUUAUCAGGAAAGAAAAAUGGUAAUAUAAUAGAUCAUAAUUUAGAUGGACAUUCAUUACAACGAUCAAUAAGUGUACCAUGUAAAAUUGACGAUGGACAUAGAAUAUCGAAUAAUUCAACAUCAAUUCCUAUCGAAGAAACAUCAAUAGAAAAUCAUCAAACAUCAAUGUGGCAAAAUACAUCACCAAAUAAAAAUUCCAAUGAUCGUUCAUUAUCAACAACAACGACGACAACAAUAACAACAGCAACAACAAUUAAAACUGAACCAAUAGAUCAAACAAAUCGAACAACAUCUGAACAUGAAGAAAAUCAUAUCGAUAAUGAACAUAAUCAAAAUUCGAUAACAUUAUCAUCAUCACAAAAAUCAAAAGAUGAUAUUAAAAUUGAAUCUAAUGAAAAGAAACAUCAUCAUCAUCAUCAUCAUAAAUCACAUAAACGACAUAAAACUAAACAUGAUCUUAGUAUUAAUGGUGAUAGUAGUAAUAAACAUCCGACAAUCACAUCUAUGUCUGAUUUAGCUAAACAACAUAUCAAGCAUGAACCCAUGCCAUUACCACCAUCAUUAAAUUUUCCACCACAUUUCGAUCCAAAAUUAUUUCCUAUGCAUACAUUUGCACAAUUUGCUCCACCACCACAACAUCAACCACACUUUCCUGGUUCAUAUGAUCAAUCAUUAAUGUUAGCUAGCCGUCUUUAUAGUGGUCAAUAUCCACGUGAUCUUCUCAUGCCACCGCCACCACCACCACCACGACCACCAUCACGUUCAUUACAACAUCCAUUCUCUCUAAAAGAAAAUACAUCUGAUACAUCAAUGGAAAAAAUGUUUGAGAAGUAUUAUCCAGGUGUAUUACCAAGUUAUUUAGCUGCUGCUGCAUCAGCAGCUGCUGCAGCAUCAGCAAAUAGUAAUUCACCUGUAUCAUCAUUAAAUGUUAAAAUGCAUGGUACAUCACCAAAUGGUCCUGAUCAUCCAUUAUGGUCACAUCGUGAAACAUUACAAAGACAAUAUUUAUCGACAACAAAUAAACAAUCAUCAACAAAAUCACCAUUAUUUGAUACCAAUACAAAAUUAUCAUCCAAUCAUUCAAGUACAUCACCUAUAGAUAAUCAUCAUCAUCAUCGUCGUCAUAGUUCAUCAACAUCAAAUAUUGAUAUACCAAAUUCAACAACAACAACACCAUCAACUCAUCCACUUUAUUUAGCACCUGUUAUUGUUACAGAAUUUCAUCAGCAUCAACAUAAUCAUAAUCAUACACAUGAACAUAAAUUAAAUAUAACAACAAAAGAGGAUCGACAAUUAUCACCAAGAUCUAAAACACCAUUAUCAAAUGAAAAUAAAAAAAUGAAAACAAGUUUUUCUGUUAAUGAUAUGUUUAUUGAUAAAACAUCACCCGUUAUUAAACAUUCACCACAACAGCAACAACAACAACAGCAACAACAAGGUUUUCUUUCUGUUAUUAAUAAUAAAAAAGAUUCAAAUCAAACAUCAUCAAUACAAUUAAAAAAACCAUCGAAUGGUAAAUGGUCAACAGCACAUAUACAUAUUGCAUGGAUGAUAUAUCAUCAUGAACAACGACAACGUGAUAAAUUAAAUCUUCUUAAUCAAACAAAUAAAAUUCGGCCAUCAUCAUCACAAUCAACACUUUUACCACCACCAUUACCGUUAAAUGAUAACAAUAAUGAUUUAUCAUUACUACGUCCACCGCCACCACCACCGCCACCGCUACCACCACCACCAUCAACAUUUCCAUUUCCAUUUCCAUUUGAUAUAAAUAAUUCACAACAAAAUUCAUUAUUACGAUCAACAUCAACAUCAAAAUUACCACGACCAACAGUAACACCAACAUCAUCAUCAAUAAAAACAUCAACUAUAAAGCGUGAACAAAAAAUACCAUUUAUUGAUGAACGUAUGCGACAUACAUCACCAUCACCACUAUCACGACCAACAUCAGCAUCUAAUUAUCUUCCAUCAUCACCAUCACAUCGAAUGAAGAUGGAUUUUCCCUCAUUAUUAUUACCGCCACCACCACCUCCACAACAUCAAUUACAAUCAUUUCCUUUAAAUGAUGAUCGAAAACGUUUUCUAACACCAACAACAGAUUUUUUACCACCAUUUGUUGGUCAACCACCACCGUCACCAUUUUUAUCACCAUUUUUUCCAAUGGGUGCACCGCCAAUGUCAUCACCUAUGCCUUCAUCAUCAUCUCGUCGUAGUGGUAUAAACAGUGAUUCACCAAAAUCAUCAUUAUUUCCUCCCCAAAUUGAUUUUACUCGAUCAUCUUUAUUACCAUCAGGACUCCCUUUACCAAAUAAUCAUUUUGAAUCUGAACGUUAUCGUUUUCUAUUUGAACAACAUGCACGUGAACGAGAUUUACAAUAUGCAAUGAUGGCAGCAGCAGCAACAGGUAAUGCACCACCAUCAGCACUUUUUACGGAUCCAAAUUCAUCGGCACUGUUUAAACAUUAUACAAAUUGA